AUGGCGGCGGUCAGUCAAUCAACCUCAGGUGGUCACAGCGUCUCCCCAUCCAUGAUGGCCGAGGCUAUUAAGGCUCAAGAAUACCUCCAACAACGGAUUAAAGCAAAGACGGCAACAAACUCAUUUCGCACAAUUCCAAUCAUCGAUUUGACACGAUCCUUUUCCGAUUCUCUCGAAGACCGUCAAUCUGUCGCAAACGAAAUCCACGAAGCCUGCACCAAAGUUGGGUUCUUCUACAUCACUAAUCAUGGCAUUAGCAAGGACGCCUGCGACGCAGCGCUGAAGCUGGCUUCGCGAUUCUUCCAUGAAUUACCUCAAGAAUCAAAAGAUGCGAUUCAUAUGAAGAAAUCCGAUCAAUUCCGUGGCUAUGAACCAGCAUCUUUUUCAUCUGUAGUUGGGGAUCCUACAGAGAAGGAAACGAAAGAAGCUUUCAAUUGGGGCUAUGAAGCGGGCUUGGAUCCGACGGGUGGUGAUGGAGCUUAUGUAGAGCUUGAUGGAAGUAGCAAGGGGAGUCCUAAUCAAUGGCCAUCAGAAGAUGAGAUUCCUGGGUUCUACAAAGGCAUUGCUGAAUACUACGGCGAGAUUCUACAACUAUGUCGCCACAUCUGCCGACUCUUCGCUCUAUCCCUGUCCCUCCCAGAAACCUACUUCGAACGACUCACCACCCACCCUGGCGGAAUAGCACGUCUUAUUCGUUAUCCACCAAGCACGAAUCCCAAACCGCUCUCAGAACUAAACACCGAAGAAGAAAUCGGGCUUGGAGCACACACCGAUUACGAAUGUUUCACACUCCUCCUGCAAGACUCGAAUCCAGGUCUCGAAGUUCUAUCCCCAGACGGACACUGGAUAAGUGCGCAACCAGUCGAGGGCGGUAUCGUGGUCAACGUAGCAGACUUCCUAAUGCGCUGGACGAAUGAGAAAUACAAGAGUACGGUGCAUCGAGUAGUUAAUCGAACGGAGAGGGAGAGAUACAGUAUCCCGUUGUUUUUCUCGAUUAAUUAUGAUGAGAAGGUUGAGACGUUGCCGUCUUGUGUGAGUGAGGAGAAUCCGUCGAAGUUUGAGCCGAUUGCGGCGGGGAGGUAUGUGCUUGAUAGGCUUGCUUUGACGGUGCCAGGGAAGUAUUAA